AUGGCGACCGCUCUAUGCGGUGUUCAGUCCACCGGCAGCAACAGUAAACCCGUGAAGAAUUAUCGAGAACACCGGAGGAGAGCGAAAGAUUCCAGGCGGAGACAGGCAGCCCUUUUGUUCCUCACUAACAUCUCCCUCGACGGACGGCCUCUGUGUCACAUAAACGAUGGAAAUACCGAGGAGAAAGCCACCGAGGAGCCGCGGCUCGGGCAUAGAGACAGCGGCGCUACGGUCCUGGCGCCGCCUGAUGGCCAAGCACCGAUGGCCCAGGUGACAGAGCCCGCGUUGCCCGCCGUCGGUAGCGGCUCAGCCUCCAGUUUUCCCGGGGUCCUCAGUCCAAGCCGACCUUCCUUGGUAACGUCGCCGGGACCCGCCGGGCCAGCUGCUGUCGGGGCCAACGAGGUAUUUUUGGAAGGUGUCACUGCGGCCGAGACGCCAACCGCGGACACCCCCGUGUCUCCCAUGGCCUCCGGCCACCAACACUGCUCCCGUGUCAGGUCCACACCCGCCGUACCGAGCCCGGCUGCUACUGCCCAGGAGUCACGGCAGAGGUUGAGGAAUGUCUCCGGUUCUCCUGGACCCAAGGUGCCAAAGAAAGUACAUUUCAUCAAGAGUAUGAGACAGUAUGACACCAGAGGCUGCAGGAUCAUGCUGAUUUGUGCCAAGCGGUCGCUAUAUGCUGCUUUCUCAGUGCUGCCCUAUGGAGAGAGUGCUCACCUCAGUGACCCUAAGAUGGAGACUCAGAGGCAAAGGCUGUCUUCUGUGGUGACUGCAGACCUUCUGCCUUCCUUGGAAGGUGUGGAGCUGGGUGCAUAUGGCAAGACGGUGUCAUAUGCUCAGUUCCUUUAUCCGACCAAUGCCUUGGUGAGGCAGAAGAGCGGUGGCGUGCAGGAGAGCUGCGGCUCAGCUCAGACCCCUCAUUCACGUUUCCGUGGCAACGGGCAGCAGAAGAACUUCACCCAGGCUCGCUUGAACAACAGUGUGGCACAAGAGCCAAAUGCAGAGGAGGUGACAGAGUACGACCCGAACCUGCUCAGCGACCCUCAGUGGCCCUGCGGGAGACACAAGAGAGUUCUUAUAUUUGCAUCAUACGUGACGACCGUUAUUGAGUAUGUGAAACCGUCCGACCUGAAGAAGGACAUGAACGACACUUUCAGAGAGAAGUUUCCUCACAUCAAGCUGACACUGAGCAAGAUAAGAAGCUUGAAGAGAGAGAUGCGGGUCGUGAGCGAGGAGUGCGGUCUGCAGCCCGUCACCACGGCGAUGUCGUUUGUUUACUUUGAGAAGCUGGUGCUGCAGGGUCGCCUCAACAAGCAGAACAGGAAGCUGGUUGCGGCGGCGUGCGUGCUACUCGCUGCAAAGAUCAGCAGUGAUCUGCGGAAGCCAGAAGUCAAACAGCUCAUUGACAAGCUGGAGGAGCGUUUCCGUAUAAACAGACGGGAGUUGAUUCCUCUGGAGUUUCCUGUGCUGGUUGCCUUGGAGAUGGGACUUUACCUACCUGAGAGCAAGGUCAUGCCGCACUACCGCAGGCUGGUGCAGCAGGGGUAGACUGUGACACUCCGCUGGGUUCAAUAUUAACACCAGCAUGUGUGCGUGUGUGUGUGUGUGAUGGAUUGACCAGUUCAUAAGCUGUCAUGUUUAAAACAAAAAUAAUUCCCGUACUAUUUAUUAUCCGUCAGUCUGGCUCCACUCAGUCCCUCACUAGGAAGAAUAAACUAGUUUUCACUCACUGGCACGUUUAAGACUUGAUGGCGUGUGUGCGUCUAUUUGAAUGUCGUCUUAAGCGUUUGUAUGUUUUGACGUUUCGAUGGUGAAUCAGUCCAGAGUCCUGCUCUAUGUUAGAGACGUUCCAUGAGCACGUUAAUUGUGCUUUUACUUUUUCCUCGUGAUUUGAUUUUUUUUUUUUUGUGGGUACGUCAUAGUGUUCCUCGCUCCGAAUCCUACGCUGUGAUAUUUGUGUGUUUUUGUGCAAAAACUCGUAAGUGGCACCUUUUCUCGUUACUAUACAACCUGUAUAGUAUUAAUGACAAACGACAGAACUACACUGCUGAUUUUCUAAAUGCCUUUUUGAAGCCACUGUGACACUGAAGCAUUUUUUUUUAGCUGAAACUGUAGAUUGUGGAUGUGUUUUUUGUUUGUACUGAAUGUCCCACAAUACUUCAUGUGUCGUAGUCGUUGUGUAGCAGCUCUGUGUUAAGACUUUGUUGUUCAAAAACUGUGAAAAAAGGUGUUCAGUUUCUGUGGUGUCACGUGCGAGGAAAUAAGUUUUCUAAGCAUAUUAUUUAUAAUAUUGAUGUUUGUUUAAGAAAGAAAAAAAAAAGUUUUAUGUCAUUUGCCCAGGGACGUGUUUGUGUGAAAUGCACUGAAACCUUAUUAUUCUUAAUGUCGUUUGGAUGUCAAAUCUUUCAGUUCUCAGGAAUUGUUCCUUUCUCAUAUCUUAAUCAUUUUUAAUAUCAAUAAUUUCAAUAUUACAGUGUUUUCUUUUCAUGUCUGUGGAGACAUGGGGCGGGCACGACUGAUGGAGGGAAGUCGUAUGCUGCGCUAGUAAAGCGAGAUGGCAGAGGGCGCUAGGUUAAGGAAAUAUCCCUGGUUUUCUGGAACAUGAGUGUAGUUUUCAGAUACUGAAAAUAAUAUUUAAGAGAGAUCAGUUGGAAUAUGGACCUGGAGUCGUCCUUUCAGGCUCAUCUGGGGCUAUAGUGACACUAGCAGUGUUAUGGCGACAGAAUUUACACACUGGAGCUUUAAAUCUAACCCAAAGAGUUUACAACUUGUUCCUGAAGCCAUCAGUGCUGAAUUCAUCGCUUAAGUCCCUUCCUCCACUCCAUUGGUGUCUGAGUUUUAGUCCUUUUGUCAGAACAAGAAUGUAUAACUGUGCAGUGUAAGAAUGGAUGUAUGAGUUGCUUGUGCACAUACUCGUUCAACCUGACUGCAGCGUCUGCUGCAAAGCAACGCUUCAGGUUUCUGUGCCAUUGUAUGGACAAGUAAGAGGGGAGAAAAAAAAAGUGCCUGGAACUACAGUGGCAGUGAAAUGGUUAAUCACCUUUAUCGUAAGAGAUAUUGCGUUGACUUUUCUGUGUCUUUUUUGCCUCUGUAGAAAUCAUAAAUGUUGUUUGGGACAGACGAAAACACUUUCUGAAAGGUCUAAUCGUCGUAGCCUUGUCAGUUUUGUGUCUGCAGUGGUGGAAAAUGAACAUAAUGAGCAUCCAAGUAUCCAAAAUGUGUAGGUGCAAACCAUGUAUCUGUGUGGUGGAUGUCACUGCAGAAUCUUAACUGUUUUUCUUACUGUAAAAUGAAUGUUUUUCAAAUAUAUUUUCAGAAACUGAAAAGACA